GAUGGGCCCCGCGGGAGGCUCGACGAGGCCCCGGCGCUUCUUCGGCGUCUACCUGCUCUAUUGCCUGAACCCUCGGCACCGGGGCCGCGUCUACGUGGGGUUCACCGUCAACCCUGUUCGUCGAGUCUUGCAGCACAACGCGGGCCGCAAAAAAGGCGGGGCUUGGCGGACCAGCGGACGUGGGCCCUGGGAGAUGGUGCUCAUCGUGCACGGCUUCCCUUCUGCUGUGGCCGCCCUUCGCUUUGAGUGGGCCUGGCAACACCCGCAUGCCUCGCGCCGCCUGGCACACGUGGCUCCACGCCUGCGCAGCGAGGCAGCUUUCGCUUUCCACCUGCGCGUGCUGGCGCACAUGCUGCGCGCGCCGCCCUGGGCGCGCCUCCCGCUCACCCUGCGCUGGCUGCGCGCCGACUUCCGCCAGGACCUCUGCCCACCACCACCGCCGCACGUGCCUAUAGCCUUUGGGCCUCUGCCACCCCGAGUGUUGGCCUCCAAGUGUGGGGCCAAUCCCUUUGCUGACACCGAGCUCCAGCCAGAGCAGGACGCUGAGGCCCACUGCACUCUUUGCGCCCGUGCGCUCCAGGAUGAAGAAGGGCCCCUGUGUUGCCCUCACCCUGGUUGCUCCCUAAGGGCCCACAUGAUCUGCCUGGCACAGGAGUUCCUGCAGAAGGAGCCAGGGCAGCUUCUGCCCCUAGAGGGCCAGUGCCCUGGCUGUAAGAACUCACUGCUGUGGGGAGACCUGGUCUGGCUGUGCCAGAUGGGCAACGAGGAGGAAGAGCGAGACUUGGAAUUAGAAGAGGAACACUGGACGGACAUGCUGGAGAUCUGAUCCUCAGCAUCCCUGCCUCUCCACCCAUUCCUUUUCUGUGCCACUUCCUUUGGGCCUGGGCAGUUUUCACUUGGGUAUAAUAAAAAAUCAGAGUUAAGGGUACCUUCUGGUGUUUGCCAGGAUGUGUGUGGAGCUAGGAGGCAGAGACCCUGCUAGUCACGGGGUCUCUGGAGAAUAGAUGAGUGGGAGGGCCACUGACCCCCAUAAGGACCAGCCUCUUCUCUGCUGGAGGCCCCUCUGCCUCAGCGUUCCCCAGCUUGCUGCUGAGGUUACAGUUCUUAAGGACUUAGGAGACACUCCCUUUUACUCAGAGCUCACCCACCUCCAGUGCCCAGCUUGACUUUGGACUUUAAUCCAAGUAUAUGGACAAAGGCCAAGACUCUUUGAAACUCAGGGAAAGGAAAG